AUGACAGAACCUGAUCUCAAGCUUAAUCUACCCAAUUGGUUAGGCUAUAUCAUGACGAUAACAGGUGUCACCGGAUUUGCAGGCGUCAUUUUGUUAUAUGCUUGUCAAUGUAAACUUAUCUAUCCUGCAAACUAUCCAGAAGGCUCUCGGGAAGAAGUAGCCGUACCAAGUGAUUAUGGCAUGAACUAUAUUGAAGAGACAUUAAGAACAAGAGAUGGCGUUCAUCUCAAAAGUUAUAUAAUACUUCAACCCAAUGAGGAUGAGGCAAAGAGACGACCGACCAUUCUUUAUUUUCAUGCUAAUGCAGGCAAUAUGGGCCAUCGUUUACCUAUUGCUAAGCAGUUUUAUAACCGUUACAAAUGUAAUGUAGUCAUGCUAUCUUACAGAGGUUACGGUAAAAGUGACGGUAGCCCCAAUGAAAAAGGCUUGAAAAUCGACUCACAGACUAUGUUGGAUUAUGUUAGAGAGCAUCCUAUUCUAAGAACCACCCCUUUAGUCGCUUAUGGCCAAUCUAUAGGCGGUGCCGUAGCUAUUGACCUUGUUUCACGCAAUGAAGAUUCAUUCAGCGGUUUAAUGCUAGAAAACACAUUUCUUAGUAUGCCUAAAGUGAUACCCCAUGUGAUGCCAUUUCUAAAAUAUGCCACCUUUUUAUGCCAUCAACAUUGGUACAGUGAAAAAGCAAUCAAGAACAUUGUUAAUACGCCGAUUUUAUUCUUAGCAGGCGCUAAAGAUGAACUGGUGCCGCCUAGCCAUAUGUUGAGGUUGAAAGAAUUGAGCGAGACACGUGCAGGCAAAGUUUGGGCAUCAUUUCCUAACGGGAUGCACAAUAAUACCUGUAUGCAACCUGGGUAUUUUACAGCUAUACAGAAUUAUUUGUCAACACAUAUAUUGAAGGAAGAGCUAGGAGAACGCUCCGGUACAGGCUAUCCCACAACUCAACAAGUUGAGCCUAAAGAAACAGAAGAUGAAGCAACUGUAGAAGCAGGUUAUGUUGAUGGGCAAAUAGUGGGUGAAGAUAAAGAGAAUAAUCAAUCUUACCAAUUAGUGUCAGGCCUUGCUGAUGAGAAAGGGCAAACACAUAACUUUACAGUGAAAGAAGUUUAUUUGGACAAAGACGAUUAA